AGGUCCCUCUCGUAAACUAGAGUUCCUCUGACGUUAUAUUCGCGGCAAUCAUUUGCGUUUCCCGCAUGAACGCAAGUGUUGGUGAUCAUCGUCAAUUCACCAGCCCCUCAGGUCCAAAGAGAGUUUCACACUAAGCAGGCAACCAUGGCCAGUCAAUCAAUGGAAAUCCUAACAAAAGUUUUGGAGCAGUCUGCCAAGCUGGUGGAGGAGCAGGUGGAUACACAGUUGAGCAAACUGAAUGAAAUGGAUGAAGAUGAUUUGGAGAGACUGAAGGAGAGGAGAUUAGAGGCACUUAAAAAAGCCCAGAAACAGAAGCAGGAGUGGCUGUCUAAAGGCCAUGGAGAGUACAGAGAGCUUCCAAGUGAGAGAGACUUUUUCAGUGAGGUCAAGGAUAGCAAGAAUGUUGUCUGCCACUUCUACAAAAAUUCCACUUUCAGAUGUAAGAUCCUUGACAAACACUUGACCAUCUUGGCGAAGAAGCAUGUUGAGACUAAGUUCAUCAAACUGAAUGCAGAAAAGGCCCCAUUUCUGACAGAGAGGCUGGUGAUCAAGGUUAUUCCUACGCUGGCUUUGCUGAUAGAUGGAAAAACAAAGGACUAUGUGGUUGGAUUUACUGACCUGGGAAACACAGAUGAGUUUUCCACAGAGAUGCUUGAAUGGAGACUUGGCUGUGCAGGUGUUAUUAACUACAGUGGUAACCCGAUGGAGCCACCCACAGGGCCACAGAGAUCAGGCACAAAGUUCACAAAAGUGGAGAAGAAAACCAUCAGAGGGCGAGGUUACGACUCAGAUUCUGAUUCUGGAGAUGACUGAGAAACACUGACAGUCACCCGGUCUUCUCUCAGGGCUACCUCACUAAUAACAGUCUAGCAGACAGCCCACUUUAGUUUUCUUUCUCCUCCCCUCUUUGUGAGUUACCUGUUCAUUAUAAAUGUCCAUAUUGUAA